AAUACCAUAAAGAGAAAAGCAUCAUGUCUGGACGAGGAAAAGGUGGAAAAUCAAAGGCUAAGGCAAAGUCCCGAUCAACAAGGGCAGGACUGCAGUUUCCCGUUGGCAGAAUUCAUCGUCUUCUGAGGAAAGGGAAUUACGCAGAACGAGUUGGCGCUGGGGCUCCCGUCUACUUGGCUGCCGUUUUAGAGUACUUGGCCGCAGAAGUUUUGGAGUUGGCAGGAAACGCAGCCCGAGACAACAAGAAAAGCAGAAUUAUCCCCCGCCAUUUGCAGCUGGCCAUCCGUAAUGACGAGGAAUUGAACAAACUUCUGUCUGGUGUGACGAUCGCCCAGGGUGGAGUUUUGCCAAACAUUCAGGCCGUCCUGCUGCCAAAGAAAUCUGGAAGCGCCAAGGGGAAAUCCAGCCAAAGCCAAGAGUACUAGACUAUGGAGUCUUGAUUUCAUGCAACGGCCCUUUUAAGGGCCACCAAAUCUUUCGAAAAGAUGCCUUCAUAUACAGCGUUU